GAAAGUUCAGUCUCAUUCCACUCACAUUCACUGCUGCUUAUAACCAGUCAGUUACACACACUUUUAAAUAUUUCGCAAAAAUUAAAAAUUAUAAUUAAAUUUCUAUUUCCUUUCUUAUACAUUUCGUCUUGAGGAUACUAAUUUACUUCUUUUUUCUUCCCAGAAAAAAAAACGAAAAUUUUUUCUUUUACUUAAUGUGGAAUAAUUGUUGGUGCGCGUGUCGUGUUGAUUGAAUUUUAAUUGAUGCAUCGAACACUGAACACUUUUCUUCUAUCCACAAGAAAGUGCAUCUGUUUUUUGUUUUUUUUGUUGUUGAUUUUUUCACUUGCCCACACUUUUGUCUGUGCUGCUUUACUCUCAAUUUAUUUGACAAUUAUAAUGACAGAUACAUUUCAUAACUAUUAAUACUACUACUAUUAUUAUUAUUACUGUUAUUAUCAUCAUCACUAUUGUUGUUAUUGCAUUUAUCUAUCCCAUUUAUCAGUAUUAAUCCAAAUGAAAAGUCAAGAGGAAAAAACAAGCCGAUGUGUAAACAUUUCAACGAAACAACGCAGUGAGAUUAUCUAAUCCGUAUUUCAAUAAUCUGGAACAAUAAGAAAAAGUUAAACUGGUGAAAAACGUUUUUGUUCUCUCCCUCCUCUUUCACCCAUCUCUCUCUCUCGCUUUCACGGACACGCAUACAUACACACACAUACACGUACAAACAUACGUAAUAUUUUAUGUAACCUUUUAAUCCGUUCACUUUUUGGAAUGAUUAAAUAAAUAAAUAAAUGAGAAAAGGACAUCCCACUGUGACGUAAACCAGUUUAUUAUUGAUUAAAUAAAGCAUGUCAAGUUAUCGUUGGCCUCCAGUUCCUUCCUCUGGACUCAAGUCACGAGAUCUAACAUCGAAUUAUUCAAAUGGAUAUUCAUCAAAUAAACAUUUUGGAAGCACUGCUUCAGUUCCAGCAACAUCCUACACGUCUACAUCAAAACCGCUUGGAACAACAGCCUAUCCUAAUUUCGGUACCAGUUAUGCUUCAGAUAUAUACAAUCCUAGGAAAACUCGUGCCAACUCUGUACUAACUGGCAGAAAUGAAAAUAACGAUCACACCUAUGGUUCAGGACGUCAUUCAAAUAGUGGAACAGAUUAUUCAUCAAAUUUUUCAAGUUUCUCUAGCAGUCGUUACCCAAGUGGAUCUAUAUCUUCAAGAGACUCUGGAUCUGUAAAAGACUAUAAUAAUCUAUCAAAAUCUACUGGUAAUUAUCAUCGACCUUCAGUGAGCAGUUUAUCUUCAUCAAUUGUAAAAGAGGAGGAUGAAUUAGACGAGUCAGGUAAUAAUGCCAAUUUAACAAAGUAUAUUGUUGUUACAAGUAGAGCAACGUCGACUGAAGAAGAUUCUAAUUUUAGAAAUAAAUUAACAGGUAUAUCUACAACAAAAACGGAGAAAGCAGAAGUAAAAAUGCCACGUCCUGUUAAUAUACACAAUUAUACACAAACUGGUGAUGACAUUAUCCUCCCGCCCACUAAAGUCAAUUCACCCCUUCCUAGUGCAGAUAAAGUAAGCAUUCCGCGACGUAUGAAUAUUGGAGGACGAUAUCUAAAACAGCUUUCAGGUAACGAAGAAGAUACACAAAGUCCCAAGCCCGGUCGUGGCGGUUGGAGGGAGUCUGUAUAUGGUGUUGACUAUUUAGGCAGGUCACGUGCACAAACACAACCACCAGUUAGCCCAACACCAGCUCCAAGUACCAUUACUCCUAGUGAACAGAAACGUUUGGAACGUGAGAAAAUCCUUGAAGAAGACUGGAAGAAACAAAUCCAACUAGAAAUUGAACGGGAAAAUCGUCGUCUUCGUCAGCUUGAACGCAAAGCGAAAUGGGAGAAAGAUGAAAUAAAAAAUCGUGAGUUGGAAGAGGAAAUUAAACGGAGGAAACAAAUAGCGGCAAGUUUAGCCGAAAAAGAAGCCAAUUACAAAGCAGAUUAUCAAGCAUCACAGAAAUUACCAAUAGCCAAAAAAUUCGAAACAGCCAUCUCCCAAGAUCCAAUACAAAAGGUUAACAGUUGGCGACAACAAAAUUCCUUACAGGAAGCCGACCCACCACAUGCUGGUGAAAUGGGAAACUCGCAACUAUGGGAUAUGCCACCUAAAACUAACAACUCUGAUGUUGUCCAGUUAAGGUCGCAAAGCAGACGACCUAGUGGAAAAUCGGAUGCAGUAAGAUAUUCUCGCGAUUCUGAAGCUACUUUACGACAGGAUACACUGACGUCCUCAGUGAACAGUGCACAAAUAGUGGAGAAUGGAGUAUCGAAUAGACGUAGAAGUUCUGCCAUGUCAACGUCCUAUUUUUCACAGCACACAGAUAUCGAUGAUAUACUAAAAGACAGUAUCUCAUCUAAACAGGACAGUAAAACAUCCAAAGAGACGCUGAACGAUAUCGGAAAACGCAGAGAUUACUAUGCAGAUGGCAGUGGGGAUUCCGAUGAUGAACAAUGCAAGAUUGUAUACAAGUCAUGGAAAGCUAAAGAGUCAUUCCAGAAGAUGCCAACUGAAAUACAAAAUUUACUAAUGAAAAGUCAUAAACGACCAAUCACCAUACCAAUGUUGCUCAAUGUUUGUCGGAAUAAAAAUCAUGACAGAAAAUUUACAGAUUUAGAAGAGAAAAACUUUCGUGGUUACCGUACUGUGGAUGAGUUAUUAGUUGAAUCGGGGAUUGAUGUUAAAAAAUUAGUAUUCUAA